AUGAUAGAGGAACUGAACGUUGGUAAAGGCACUGCGUUGAAACCUGGAGAUAUUUUCCUCGUAGAUCGAGGAUUUCGUGAUUCUCUGAAGUCAAUUCAGGAAAAAGGUUUUGUUGCGAAAAUGCCAUGCUUUUCCGAUACUCCUUCCUCAUCAUUGACAACGGAACAGGCCAACACUUCUCGUAUGGUGACCAAGUCACGUUACAUAGUGGAAUACGUGAACGGCUGGAUCAAGAACUUUUUCCAAUUCUUUAAUUCAAUAGAUGCCCACGGACAAAGAUGUACGCAGAGGUCGGAUACUUCUGGGACAGACCUCGUAUACAUCAAGCUGCGCACGAAGUCGUUGCGCAUGUUCUUUGUUAGUUCGCGGGAAGAAAGCACAUUUGAACAAGCGCAGACACGUGUGGAAAAACUGCAGGAGUUAUGGUCGGCAUUUAACGAGAAUCAGACACAGAUAGAGGUUAACCGCGCAAAAGACGAGGAAGAUUUGGAAGACGUCACAAAGCAGGAAGCAGCAGAAAGAGAGAUUUUUGAGUGGGCAUAUUACAAAGCACUGGAUGAGGCUCGUUCAAUUAUAGCUGCGGCAUCGGUUCCAGCAACGCAGCAAGACGCAUUGGAAUCCGAAUUACAGGGCAGUAUCGAUAUCAAAUUACCUACAUUAAAGCAUUGCAAGUUUUUAGUUCAGCCUAUCGACAAAUGGGAUACUCUUAUCAUAUAUUUGGCUCGAAAUAAAUUAGAUUAUCAGUCUGAAUGUGCGUGGGAGGAAGAAGUAGGGCAGCAAAAGUCUGAUCACAUGCCCACGACGAAAGAGUUUCUCAAAUUUUGCAGUGAAAGAUGUCGUACUUUGGAAAUUUGUUCCGAAUUUUUAAGAUUAUCUGUGCAAGAGCGUUUAGCAAUAGUUAAGCAGAAACAAUUAUGCAUUAAUUGUCUGAAGUCAGGUCAUUAUGCCAAGGAAUGUAAAGCAUCCAAGUGUCGAAAAUGUUCGAAGGUUCAUAAUACAUUGUUACAUUUGGAGGGCGAAAGGUCGUCAUCAAAGAAGCCUCCAGACGUGACUCCAAAGAAAUCGGAAGAAACAGAGCAAGUCAUGCAUUGUGUGCAACGUAAAGAUGACUAUUUAGUGAACGGAACUAGGAAAUUAGAAGUAAAGCAAGAACCUCCAAGCAAAGAAUCGAGUUCUCAAGUCAUCUUAGCUACCGCUCAGGUAUAUGUUCGUGACGGACAGGGUAGGAGACAAACGUGUCGAGCCUUAUUAGAUCCUGGCUCGCAAUCGCAUUUCGUUACUGAAGAGUUGGCAAGGAGAUUACAACUACCGAGCAGAGCAGAAUCGGCGGCAAUCAACGGCAUAAUGCGCAACGUUACGAGAAUUGAACGUUCAGUUAAGGUUCGAAUGGAAUCUAGAAAUACUGCAUUUGAGGCUGACUUGGAAUGUCUCAUCAUCUCUACUAUAACAGAACAACUGCCGCAACUCAAGAUAAAUAAGAGAUUGGGUAAUCUCCCACAGGAUCACAGAUUGGCUGAUCCUGCAUACGAUAAACCUGGCUCGGUGGAUAUGUUAAUAGGUGCUGGCCUUUUCUGGAAGCUUUUAUGUGUUGGCCAAGUGAAAAGUGGAAAGGGCCACCCUACAUGGCAGAAAACUCAAUUAGGCUGGAUUGUAGGAGGAGAGUUAUUCAACACAGAGAUGAAGACGGAUAACACGGGGUUAGUCACCUGUUUGGCAAACAAUCAAAUGCUGAACAAGCAAUUAGAAAGAUUUUGGGCUCAAGAAGAAGGACAAGAGAAUAGACAGCUCAAUAUUCAGGAGACAUAUUGCGAGAACUAUUUUGAUGAGACGACGACGCGAGAUAGUGCAGGAAGAUUUAUAGCCUGCCCAGAAAGGAAGGAGUUGGGCUUGGCGAUUCAAGACAGCAAGCAACAAGACGAUUCUACGCACGAUUACAAGGAAAGAGGACACAUGAAUUUAGUGUCUACCAGUGAGAUGACAGGAAAGGCGCUUUGGUUUAUGUUGCAUCAACCAGUAUUAAGACUUGAUAGUAUUACUACGAAACUUAGAGUUGUAUUUGAUGCCUCAGCGAAGUCAGACAAUGAUAAUUCGCUGAAUGAUACACUUUUGACUGGACCCAAUUUGCAGAAUGAUUUACUGCACAUUCUAUUGAGGUAUCGCACACAUAGAUAUGUGAUUACUGGUGAUAUUGCAAUGAUGUUUCGACAAAUAUGGAUUGUGAAAGAAGAUCGAACAAAAGAAGAUAGAGCUUUGUUUUUACCGGCUCAAAGGGCGUUGGAAUCCGACUUCUAUAUGGACAACGUUUUAUCAGGUAAUGACGAUCUCGAAAAGGUCAUUCGUUUGCAAAUGCAACUUACGGCACUUUUGAAGAGAGGCCAAUUUCACUUAAGGAAAUGGAGAGCCAACGAUGAUCGUAUUUUGAGUCAUUUAGUAGAAGGCAAAACAGAAGAGCUGUUAGUACUUGACAAAGGUACCACAUCAAAGACCUUAGGAGUCUUAUGGAAUCAAAAAGAGGAUAGUCUGCAAUAUCAGGAAAAGGAGUCUAAGUUUGAUCAAGUAACAAAACACACCGUCAUAUCAGAAAUAGCACAGAUAUACGACCCAUUAGGUCUACUUGGACCCAUCAUAAUUGUCGCUAAGGGUAUCAUACAGCAAUUGUGGACCCUUAAUUUGCAAUGGGAUGAAAGUCUUCCUCAAGAACUCUACAGCAAAUGGAAAACUUACCGAUCGUCAUGA